AUGCAAAUCGAUCGAUCCAAAUAUAUAUAUCAUGAUGGUCAAUUUCUUCCAAUUGAUUAUAUUCUUGUAUAUACGCGUUAUCAUUCAAAUCGUUUUCGACGAAGUCAUAAAUUUAAACGUCAACAUGAUCAAUACAGGCAAUUUUUUCAAGAUCGUCUUAGAAAAUUAGGUUUCAUUGUUGUCGAAGAACGAUUAACUGAUGAAAGAAACGAUCUUCUUAAUUUACGCCAAGCUGAAGCAUCAGUUGAUGUUCAUGACAAUAAUAAUAAUAAUAAUAAUAAUAAUAAUAAUGAAAGUAAUCAUGUAUUUGUUCGUGGUCUUUCAACAUUACAACGACAGGUAUCAAUACGUUUACAAAACAUUAGUUCACAUUUAAAAAAAGAUACAAACGAAAAUAAUAAUACAAAUGGAAUACAAAUUGAUACAAUUAAUGAAGAAGAAACAAUGGAAUUAAAUAAUUCAACAGAUAAUAUUAAAAAUGAAAAUGAUUUAAAGGAGUUUCAAGCAAUAAAUGAACAUGAAAAUGAAAUAGGACAUGAUGAACAUGAAGAUGAAAUAGAACAAGAUGAACGAUAUUUUGUUAAAAUUCAUGCACCAUUUGAAAUACUUCUUGUAUUAGCAGAAAAAUUAAAGGUUAAAUUACCAUUUAGCGAAAAUAAAUCACCAUUAAAACCCGGUUUAUUUGAUCAAGGUUUACCAUGUCAAUUAACUCGUCUUAAACCAGAAGAAUUUCUUACACCACACAAUGGAAAAUGUUUUUUUACGGCUUGUUAUCAAAAAAGUCUUCAUUAUAGAUUUUCCAAACAUUUUGAUGAUGUUGAUAAAGUUUUUCGUCCAGCUGAACGAAGUCGUCUUGUUUAUGAAACUCUUCUUCGUUGUCCAUAUCGAUCAUCGGAAUCAAUUCUGCCAAGUAUUGAAGUAUUACUUGAAGAAGGUGUAUAUGAAGCAGCAUAUCCAUUACAUGACCAACUUAUUCAUGAACAAGAUGCUGGUGAACCUGAAACAUGGAAUGAUCGAAUGAAAUUAUAUCAUCGUUGGGCGAAAUUUAGAAAUAUAUUUCGUAUUCAACCAAUUCAUGCUAUAAGAGAUUAUUAUGGUGAACGUUUAGCAUUUUAUUUUGCUUGGCUUGGAUGGUAUAAUUCUUUAUUAAUAAUUCCAUCAAUUCUUGGAAUAUUCGUCUUUCUAUGGGGUCUUCUUUCAGUUAAAUAUGAUAGACCAACACUUGAUAUAUGUAAUUCAACUUCUAGUUAUUUAAUGUGUCCAAAAAUUGAUCGACAAUCAUAUUGGUUUUUAAAUGAAACUUGUUUCAAUGCAAAAAUGUCUUAUGUUUUUGAUAAUUCAGCUUCCGUAGCUUUUGCUAUAAUGAUAAGCAUAUUUGCUGUAAGUAUUAAUUUCCUUUGGCAACGACAUGAAUUUCGACUUCAGUAUGAAUGGGAUACGACGGAUAUUGCUGAAGAAACUGAAACAUUACGACCAGAUUUUGAACGACGUGUUGAAAAAACAAUUAUAAAUAAAGUAACCGACAAAGUUGAACCAUAUGUACCAUCUUAUAAAAGAAUUCUUUACUAUACAUCAUCAUUUUCAAUUGUAUUAUUAAUGGUAUUACUUGUUUUAGCUGUUGUUGCUGGUAUUAUUAUUUAUCGAUUAAGUGUUUCAGCAGCAUUUAAUUCAAUUGAUCGAGAAAUGUGGAUUUAUCGAUGGAAACCUAUUAUUGUACCAAUAACUGGAGCAUUAAUCAAUUUAAUUAUUAUUUUAAUUUUACAAUAUUUCUACGAAAUUCUUGCUAUAUGGUUAACUAAUGUUGAAUUACAUCGAACUGAUAAAACUUAUGAAGCAAGUUUAACAAUAAAAAUGUUUUUAUUUCAAUUUGUGAAUUAUUAUGCAAGUAUAUUCUAUAUAGCAUUAAUAAAACCAUUAAUUAUAUAUAAACCAACAUAUCUUGAUCGACAUUCAAAAGCACUUCGUCUUGAAGAAUGUGAUGUAAGUGGUUGUGUAUGGGAAUUAUCAAUUCAAUUAAUAAUUAUAAUGAUUGGUAAACAAUUAAUAUCAAAUAUAUGGGAAUUUUAUUUUUCUAAAUUAUGGAAUAUGUGUCGUAAACGUAUUACAUUUCGUCAUACAGUUCGACAAAUAAAUGAACGUAAUGCUAAAAUGAAACGAAUGCAUGAACAAUUAUCAAGAAUUGAUUUAAAACGUUCAUAUGAAGAAGAUUUUUUAUUACAACCAUUUGAAUUAACAACAUUAUUUUAUGAAUAUUUAGAAAUUAUUUUACAAUUUGGUUUUAUAACAUUUUUUUGUUUUUCAUUUCCAUUAGCACCAUUAUUUGCUUUUAUAAAUAAUAUAUUUGAAAUACGUAUUGAUGCACUUAAAGUUGUUAAAGAAUUUCGUCGACCUGUUGCACGUCGUGCAAUGGGUAUUGGAACAUGGAAUGCAAUAUUAACUAUAAUGGCUAAAAUAACUGUUUUAUCAAAUGCAUUUUUAAUUGCAAUUACAUCAGAAUAUAUACCUCGACAAGUUUAUUAUUGGACAAUUGGAAAUUAUUCAUUAAAUGGUUUUCUUAAUCAUACAUUAACACCAUUUCAUUCAAAUGAUUUUCCAUCAAUUAUUAAUCGUACAUUACUUGAAUGUCAAUUUAUUGAAUCACGUUUAAUUGAUUUAUCUAAAGAAUCAAUUUUUUUUAUACCAUUUGCUCAAUCAUAUCAUUUAUCAUAUUUUGAUUGUAAUUCAACAUUAGCUGAUGAAAUACGUUCACAAAUUGAUUUUUCUACUUGUUAUUAUAAAGAUUAUCGACUUGAUCAUGCACGAAAUUAUGGUCGUUCAUAUAUGUUUUAUUAUGUAAUGGUAGCACGAUUAGCAUUUGUUAUUAUAUUUGAACAUUUUGUGUAUAGUAUUCUUUUUCUUGUUCGAAAUCUCAUUUCACGUGUUCCACGUGAUGUUCGAGCACAACUUGAACGAUGUCGAUAUUUAGUACAACAAAUGUAUUGGGGUGCUGAGUUGUAUGCUCAAAAUCCAAAUCUUAUUAAAAAAGAUGAAAAUCGUGUUCGACUUGACGAAGAACAUCAUGAAUAUAAUCGACAAAGUACUCUUCCAUCGCUAAUGACAACUCCAAAUGAAUUAAAUUUCAAUGCAUGUGUUUCUUCAGAGUUGUGA